AUGUCGAACUUUGAGCCAAACGCCGUGAUCCGCGGCUUCCAGCUCACAGUGGUAGGAACUGUUCGCGCAUUGACCAACCCGGAACUCUUCAAGUAUGAUCAUUUCCGCCAAGCAGCUCUUGCUAUAGCCGUCGGCAUCGUUAUCCAGUUGAUCAUUCAGAUUCCGAUCAUCAGCGUUAAGUUCUCCAUCUGGCUAAUGUCAUGGGUGGUCAAUCUGGAAAACGCCGUCUGGGACGACAAACUUCUCAGUGGCUUGGAAUUUAUGUCCAAGUCGGUCCUUCAAGUGCCAUUUUUGCUUAUGACAUUGAUGAGAUACGUUACUCCCACUUUGGAUGAAAUGUUCGAUUCUCUCUCUGCUCCGACUUUACUUACGGCUCACGCUGACCAUAUUACUAGCUUCAUGCAAUCCAUUCAAUGGGUAGAUACCACAUACAUCCAAAAGCACAAAUCUGAGAACCCCGAUAAUUUACGGGCGAUGUACUAUCCUCAGCUUACCCUGUACUCAGACAAAGGGGGUUCUAGUGUUUCUCGCCCAAUUCCCGAAGCACUCAUGGCAUUCUUCCAUCGCUACGCAAAAAAGAUUGGAAUGAUGCUUGGACUCUACCUCCUUUCCAUGGUUGUGAUUGUUGGUCGAUUUGUUAUGCCUGCGGCAAGUUUCUACACCUUCCGAAACCACGUCGGCUCUGUUCCCGCCGCUGCCAUUUUUGGCGCAGGGCUGGUUCUUCCGAAGACGUACAUCGUGACCUUCCUUCACACCUACUUUUCUUCACGAAGUUUGAUGCGCGAACUUCUUGAACCGUACUUCUCGCGUGUGAAAUUCACACCCGAGCAAAAGCGUCGAUGGUUCCGAGACAGAGAAGGUGUUCUCUUUGGUUUUGCCUUCGCCUUCACGGCUGUCCUGCGGAUUCCCUAUAUUGGUGUGCUGAUGUAUGGUGUUGCGCAAGCAUCCACAGCAUACCUUGUCACUAAGAUCACUGACCCGCCUCCCACUCCCGCUGAAAGCGAAAACUUUGCGGAAAGCCAGGUGACUUGGAAGAACAAGCAUGACUUCCUAAAAUUGUCUCUUGAUAACCUCGACAAGCUCAAUGUAGAUGCCGAUGAGCCUCACGCUCGCGACUCUGGCUCCCCUGGGAAGAAGUUCAGUUGA